AUCAGCAAUCGUGCACCUACCUUUGACAUGGAUUUGUCUGACUUUAUGGAUGGAGAUGAACCAAUUUCUUAUGAAAAAGCAAGGAAGUUCUUUGCUCAGGAUCCAGCACAAAAGUGGGCAGCAUAUGUUGCUGGGACAAUAUUGGUAUUGAUGACAGAACUUGGUGUGCGUUUUGAGGAUAGCCUCAGCUUCCUGGUUUCUUCGGCUGUGCCUGAAGGUAAAGGUGUCUCUUCAUCUGCUGCUGUGGAGGUGGCAAGCAUGUCCGCAAUAGCUGCUGCCCAUGGACUGAGUAUCGAUCCGCGAGAUCUUGCUAUACUCUGCCAAAAGGUUGAGAAUCACAUUGUUGGAGCUCCAUGUGGUGUUAUGGAUCAGAUGACUUCAUCCUGUGGGGAAGCCAACAAACUUUUGGCCAUGAUCUGCCAACCUGCAGAAGUAGUUGGGCUUGUUGAGAUUCCCAACCAUGUCAGAUUUUGGGGAAUUGAUUCCGGAAUUCGACACAGCGUUGGAGGUGCAGACUAUGGGUCAGUCAGAGUUGGUGCCUACAUGGGGAGAAAGAUGAUAAAGUCAAUGGCAUCUUCUAUUCUGUCACAAUCAGUGUCAAGUGCUAAUGGAGGCAACUCGGAUGAACUAGAGGAUGAAGGGAUUGACUUACUUGAGAUGGAAGCUUCUUUAGACUACUUGUGCAACUUGUCGCCUCACAGAUAUGAAGCCCGUUAUGCAGAUAAGGUUCCAGAUACCAUGCUGGGUCAGACAUUCAUUGAGGAAUACUUGGAUCACGAUGAUCCAGUCACAGUGAUUGAUGGAAAGCGGUCUUACAGUGUUAGAGCUCCAGCCAGACACCCUAUAUACGAAAACUUCCGGGUCAAGACUUUUAAAGCUCUAUUGACUUCUGCAACAUCAGAGGAGCAACUUACUGCUCUUGGGGGACUUCUUUAUCAGUGUCACUAUAGCUACAGCGCGUGCGGACUAGGAUCGGAUGGAACUAACCGGCUGGUGCAGUUAGUACAAGGGAUGCAGCAUAACAAGUCUAAAUCCGAGGAUGGAACUUUGUAUGGAGCCAAAAUCACAGGCGGGGGAUCAGGUGGAACAGUCUGCGUCAUAGGCCGCAAUUCAUUGCGUAGCAGCCAACAAAUUCUCGAGAUUCAGCAGAGAUACAAAGCUGCGACAGGGUAUUUGCCACUGAUAUUCGAAGGUUCGUCACCAGGAGCUGGCAAGUUUGGUUACCUCCGAAUCCGACGUCGUAUCUCUCUCUGAUUCCAUUCAACGUCUCCUUAAUUUGAUAAACUUAUUUAUUUAUUCCUUAUGCUACGUUUCAUUGAAUCUCACAAAUAAGUAGGUCGUCGUUGUUCUCCACUUUCAAAAUAAUAAUAAUGAUAUAUAUAUACACAAACGCUAUUUUAAACAAA